UUUGCCCUUAACCGCUGACUCAGACAUUGUUGAUAUCAAGCCGACCAACAUGGAGGAGCUGACAGAGGUGAUCACGGCGUCAGAGUUUCACCCGCUCCAGUGCAACACGUUUGUGUACGGCAGCAGCAAGGGCUCCGUGCGCCUGUGUGACAUGAGGGCGUCCGCGCUGUGUGACCAACACUCGAAAUUGUUUGAGGAACCAGAGGACCCCAGCACACGCUCCUUCUUCUCUGAAAUAAUCUCAUCCAUCUCAGACGUCAAGUUCAGUCACAGCGGCCGAUACAUGAUGACCAGAGAUUAUCUGACCCUCAAGAUCUGGGACCUUCACAUGGAGAGUCGACCGGUGGAAACCUACCAGGUGCUGUUUCUGUCUCUGAGGCAGAUUUGCUCUUGAGAAAAUAGUAAUCCAUAUGGCUUUGGGUGUGCCAAAGCUAAUCAUUUUAAAGGAUUAGUUCACCUAAAAAUUAAAACUGUCAUAAUUUACUCAGCCUCAUUGUUGCUCUAAUUUGUAUGACUGACUUCUGGGACACAAAAAGAGAAAUGCUGAAUAUUCUGGUUGUUUUAUCCAUGCAAUUACAGUUAAUCUGGACUGAGGCUUUUAAGCUUAUAAAAAGUGCUUUGAAAGUACCAUAACAUUUCAUAAUUCGAUAGGUUGAUCCAGUCUGAGUUGAUUCAUUCUCGAAUCAUGCUGAUCUGGUUUUCAAAUUCAGCUCACUGCAGCGGUGAACACCUUUCUGGAGAGGAAGUUUAUCAAUGAGUAACAACUGAAAUCUAAGCUAUUUUAUGAAUUCAGACCAUUUCAGAAGAACUGCUUUUAUGAAACAAUGUUUGACCUUGAACGCUCUCUAUAACUUAUAGUUCUGUCAUGACAACUCUCGGA